UGUUGCUCCUACAUUUAGGAGCCACAGAUAGCUCAGCAGACAACACACUGUGCUGGGGCAGCAGGGGGUAAACAUCGAGGAAACGCACACUAGAUGCGCUACCAAGGAAGAAGACGCAACAAAAUACCCUGCCACUUCAACUGGAUCCCUUCGAAAGAUGAGAGGGGAGAGUAAGAGAAUACGCACAUUGAGAGAAGUCCUCCAUGGAGCUUGAUGGGACUUUAAUGAGUUGCUGCCAAGGAACCUUCCAGCAACACUGGUCAUCCUUUAAAAACCCUUUUGCAUCUUCGACUUUGCUCUGGAAAGGGGGCAUGAAACGUCUUUGAUCGCUUCCUCAGAAGGAAGGAAACAGUCUGGUCAAGAACUCGAACCCUUUAUUUCGCUGUAAGGAUCAGAGAAGGAACUGACAAACACAAGGAAGAUCGAAGGUUUUGUUUCUGAGCUCCGUUCUGAACACCCCGUUACUCAUUACACUUGAAUCUCAAGGGGGUGGUGAGGGUUCCCUGAAGAAGUCAUGGAUGUAGCCAGAGAGAGCUCUCAGGAGGUGAUGGUGAGCGAGGCUCUGGUCCAAUUUAAGGCCACAUUGCAAGCCGCCGUCAGGGAGGUCCACGUGGACGUGAGCGCUUUCAAGCAGCGCAUAGAGCAGAGGAUCGAUGAGCUGUGCAUUUCCAACGGACCCUUGGCCGGGGCGGUGACCAGGCUGCAGGAGGAGAACCUGCAGCUCAGAGCGAAGCUUGAGGCUCUCAGCCGCCUGGUGGAGGGUCUCGCCGGGGUGAAGAUCGAGAGGAGCCCCGUUGAAGUGCAGGGGAAGAACGUGGAGGAUGCUGUAGAGAAUGGACAUGCACAGAUACAGUCCAAGACCCAGGAAGACCAGAGAGGGCUGGUUAGCUCUGGAAGAUCAGAAAGCAGCCAGUCAAGUCAGUCCACUUCCACAUACUCUGAUCCAUCAGGGUCAAGUGGAGGAUCAACCCACGCUGCUGCUGCUGCUGCUCCCAGCAGCACCCCAGCCCCUCCUCCAUGGAGAGCAAAGAGACACACUGAAAUGAAUGGCACGGAUGCAAAAGGAGAGAAAAGCGUUGCCCACGUUGCCACGACUGCACAAGCGAACGGAAACCAAGAAAGCUCAUCAGUGGACUCUGAUGUUGGUCCCCAGUCCCACCGACCUCUCACCGCCACCACGAAACCAGACCCAGAGGCUUCGGCUUUAACUAACUCUCUUCAGUCUCCUGUGGAAACUCCCAACAUGCCUCACCAGGAAGAAUCAGGUCUUCUUCCCCAUCAUCCCCUCACCGCCAUGACGAAAACCAGCUCCGAAACAGUUCCUCAGUCUCCUGCGUCAGCGCCCAAAACAACUAAAGAAACUCCAGUAAAAUCAGUAGAGUCUCCUACUAAAUGUGAUGCUGACGAACCCCAGCCACAUCUCCCCGUCACUGCCAUGACAACCAAACCCAGUCCAGAGGGUCUGAUCGCCACCAAACCGGUGCCGUCUCCAGCGCCGGUGCCUAAAGCAGCUGUCCACUGUACGGCAGAGGCUCCAACAGGGGACGCAGGGGAAUAUUCUUUCAUUAGAGGUGCGUCUGUAGCGAAGGAGCUGAGGUCCCAGGUACCUCCGGAUCAGUUGGGCUCUUCAUCUCAGGCUCUGGUCCACCUCCCCCUCACGGCCGUGUCCAAAAACAGCCCCGACACCCCCACUGCCUCCAACCUGAGUCCCACUUCUGCCCCGAAUCCUUCCGUACCAGAGUCCCCGACAAUGAAGAGAGGCGAAUUCCCGUUCAGACGUGACGCCACUCAACCCAAACCACACUUGCCUCUCACAUCCAACCCAGAGUCUUCAUCAUCUGCUAUAACAGCGUCACAGGAGCCCGCAGUAAAACCUGGGGAAUAUCCCUUUAAACGGGUGCCCGUCCUGAAGACGCCCAGUCCGAGUCUGAAGAGGAGCGUGAGCUUUCCUCAGCCUGCAGAGAAAUUACUUCCCUCCAAGUCAAUCAUAAAAUCUGGUUUCUCACCUAAUUUGGACAAGAAAGCAAACAAGACAGGAGGGGUGGAGUUUAAGGACGUGAUGAAAUCUCAAACGCUCCCACGCUCCAACGGGGCUCAGGCCAAACGGGCCAUGUUUGAGAGGAUGAACUCAGAGCCCACAAAACCGAAGGACUCGAAGCCGAAACUGAAGCGCUCUCAGAGUUUCGGCGUGUCCAGUGCCAGUGGUAUAAAACAGAUCCUCCUGGAGUGGUGCCGCUCAAAAACCAUCGGCUACCAGAACAUAGAUAUCCAGAACUUCUCGUCCAGCUGGAGCGACGGGAUGGCGUUCUGCGCUCUGGUCCACUCUUUCUUCCCGCUGGAGUUUGACUACAACACGCUGGACCCCGCCAACCGCAAACACAACCUCCAGCUGGCCUUCACCACGGCAGAGCAGCAGGCCGACUGUCUCCGUCUGAUCGAGGUGGAGGACAUGAUGGAGAUGGGGGACAAGCCGGACCCAAUGUGUGUGUUUACAUACGUCCAGUCGCUCUACAACCACCUGAAGACGUUUGAAUAACUCUGUAUCAGAGUUUAACACUUUACAUGAGCCUCUGACAAGCAAACUAAAACCUGCUGCUCGCAUAUUUUUCACCUAAAUCUAUUGAUCAGUUUUAUACGGUUUGUGUGUUUUCACCAGAGUUCCUUUAAUAUUUAUAGCGGACUGACACAGAUUCUUAAAAUGCAGUUUAUUGUCAAUGUGUGUGGCUCUGAUGUUGCUGUAUUUAUGAAAAGGAGUUUUUUUUGUGACAAAGAAAUAAUAAUAAUAAUAAUAAUAAUAAUAAUAAUAAUAAUAAUAAUAGCUGCUGUUGAUCAAUCAGAGAAAAACAAUAAACUGGAGACCUGAGUUGAGUCUUGUAAUGUGGCAAAAAUAAAAGCAAUUUUCUAAUAUU